AUGUGUGCACGUGCCAGCACUGAUGUGGAGAAACUGUCGGAAUUAAUAAAUGCGAAAGAUCUGAAGAAGCCGGCAGUACCAAUGUCACGAUUCUUGUGGCAGCAGCUUGUCGGGAUUGCGAAAAUGAUGGUAGAAGAAGGUGUUCGAAGGGCGUACAAGCGCGACCCGGCCCACAGGGUUUUUGUUAAUCGCAAUCUUCGCAUGGAAAAAAUUCGAUUUUUUGGCUUCGAUAUGGACUACACAUUGGCAGGUUAG